AAACAACAGAGCGACGGAUGUGACGUAUGAGAAAGGGGUGGGGCUGGCCUCACAUGUGAUUAGUGGGUGUGUGUUGUCUUUUCCUCUCAUUCAGUGCGACGUUUUAUUAAAGUUGUAAGAUGGCGACGGUGCAUCUGAGGAUCGGGGAUCUAGUGUGGGGGAAGCUCGGUCGUUACCCACCAUGGCCAGGAAAGAUAGUAAGCCCUCCCAAGGACCUGAAAAAGCCCAGGGGCAAGAAAUGCCACUUUGUGAAGUUCUUUGGAACAGAGGACCAUGCCUGGAUCAAAGUAGAACAGCUGAAGCCGUACCAUGCCCACAAAGAAGAGAUGAUCAAGAUAAAUAAAGGAAAGCGCUUCCAGCAAGCUGUUGAUGCAGUGGAGGACUUCUUAAAGAAAGCAAAGGGGAAAGAACAGAACUCAGAUGGCAAAGGAGACUCAAAAGGAAAGAAGACGCCCAACAAGCCCCUAAAAAUUCUGGAUGAGGAUGAUGAGGACCUCAGUGCCCUAAAGGACCCCUCUGAGAAGGACUUAGCUGACUCUGACCCCGAGCCGUCCACUGUUGAGAGGCUGGGGGCUGGACCGGGCUCAGGAUUCAAAUGGGAAAGCAGCCCUGUGAAGGAUGAUCCACAUUUUCACCACUUUCUGCUCAGCCAGUCUGAAAAGCCAGCUUCGUCAAUGGAGCCCAUUAGCAAACGCCUGAAGAUCAUUGAAGAGGUCACAGGGUCAACAUCUAUCCAAGCAGCAGACAGCACAGCGAUCAACGGCAGCAUCACACCCACAGAUAAACGAAUAGGCUUCCUGGGUCUGGGGCUGAUGGGUAGCGGCAUUGUUUCCAACCUGCUGAAAAUGGGUCAUAUCGUCACAGUGUGGAACCGCACUGCAGAAAAGUGUGACCUGUUCAUCCAGGAGGGGGCACGGUUAGGCCGCACUCCUGCAGAAGUGGCCUCCAUGUGUGACAUCACCUUCUCCUGUGUGUCUGACCCUAAGGCUGCCAGAGACUUGGUGUUGGGACCCAGUGGAGUUCUACAAGGAAUCAGACCGGGCAAAUGCUACGUAGAGAUGUCUACAGUCGAUCCAGAGACCAUCACUGAGCUCUCACAGGUGAUCACGUCACGGGGCGGCCGCUUCCUGGAAGCUCCGGUGGCAGGAAGCCAGCAGCUGUCCAACGACGGGAUGCUGGUCAUCCUGGCAGCUGGCGACAGGACGGUCUACGAGGACUGCAGCAGCUGCUUCCAGGCCAUGGGCAAGACCUCGUUCUUUCUGGGUGAGGCAGGGAAUGCUGCAAGGAUGAUGCUAAUCCUCAACAUGGUUCAAGGCAGCUUCAUGGCCACUAUUGCAGAGGGGCUAACAUUGGCACAGGCCACGGGCCAAUCACAGCAGACCUUCCUGGACAUCCUGUGCCAGGGUCAGAUGGCUAGCACCUUUGUGGACCAGAAAUGCCAGAAUAUUUUACAGGGCAAUUUUAAACCAGACUACUAUUUGAAACACAUUCAGAAGGACCUAAGGCUAGCCAUCUCCAUGGGCGACAUGGCCAACCAUCCAACCCCGAUGGCAGCAGCUGCCAACGAGGUGUACAAGCGGGCCAAGGCACUGGACCAGUCGGACAAUGACAUUUCAGCAGUUUACAGAGCCUACAUUCACUAGAGCGAGGUGUGGCCUGGCCUGUGGACCCUCCUUUUCUCCCUUGUCAUUAAAGGUUUUUUGUUUUUAAUUUGAAACUUCUGUUAUUUUAUUUUUCACCCCAGUGCCAGCCGCGUUACCUGCCCACAAUUCCGGACUGUAAUUCCGUGUUUUAGAGGCAACAUUAAGCAUUGCACUGACUGUACUGUGGGAAUUUUAUGCUGUAAGAGUGCUUGGAACGAGGCUGAACUACUGCAUUGCUGCAGUUUGCCGUCAGAGGGGCACUUUGCCUGGUUCCUGACAUCGUUGUUAUAAAACAGUAUGAGUAAUGCUGGGCGCUACUGUGAAGCUAAACAAAUUGCCAUGUGGAUUCAGAGCCCUAAAAUAUUUUAGUUUUUUCCCUUUUUGUUUAAUUAUCUGUGUGAUCUCUGCUCCAGAAAUCCAUGAGAGUAAGCAACAGAACAUGCCACUGCAUUGCCUUAAUAUUGUAACCCCUCGGGUCCUUCGAUAAUACACGUAUUUAUUUAUGCCUCUUUUAAGGUCUUCUUUGUGCAGUUGGCUUCUUCCCGUGUGUAACCACAUCAUUUAGGCUUUUCCAUUAGUGUGAUUUUGUUUGAAACAAGUGGAGGACAAAGCUGCAGAUGUGCCGAGGCCUUAAAAUGCAGAUGUUUCUCCUCAUGGUUUGAGAUUUCCACUUUUGAAACGCUUCGACCUUUCUCUUGGAAGACUUUGUGUUUUUCCUCUUUAAAUGUCUUUAACUUCUUCUUUAACUGAAGUUCAAAACUGGGCCUCCAGAGUCACUCCAUGACUCCAGGACAGCGGCUCAGUGUUGAAUCAUUAUUAGACGCUAGCGUUAGAACCAAGGCCAGAGUGACACUUAAACUGUAGGCCCUCGACUUUAGUCAAAGCAGACUAACACACAGGUCGUUUCAGACACAAUUUGUUACAUGACCGUGUUCACCCAGUCUGAGUCUCAAUGCUUGAUAUUGAUUCGGUCGGCUGGCCUCAAUAAAAAUACGAGCAAACAAAGUGGGCGGAGGUUUGACUACAGAGUAAAGGUCAUCACAGGCUGGCACUGCUCUCAGUAGACACAACACUGAUCAGUGAGGUUUGUGACCCAGCUUGUGACAGAUGAUCAUUAAAAUGAAAUCCCAAAGAGAUGUUGGAGGUCUCAGUUAUAGUAGUUUAUCUACAAUAUGUUACUGGGUGUUUCAUGUUCAGAUCUUGCUGUGUGUGUUGUGUGUGUUGGCCCUGAGAGGCUCCUGCCACCCAGAUAAAGACCAUUAGUGAGAUGUUGAGGGAACAACACGGCCCAACACUGCUGUAUGAAUUCAGUCUCAGGCCCCAUGGGCCAGGCUUUGACUUCCCAACAUGAUAUGAAGCCAACACCCUGGUGUCUGCACAGGGCUUAGUGAUUUUAGUCUUUACUGGUACCCAUGACGACCUCUGCUGUGUAGCAUCAAACGUACCUGCGAUCGAUAAGACAGUGUAUACAAGUACAGAUGUGGCACAGUGGUGAGGGUUUCUUCUUCUCUGCUUCAAACUCAAAGAUGUGAUAUAUCUUCUCAGACUGGCAGGACAUGGGCACCGGUCAACCAAGGGGAUUAUUCUGAUACUUCUGGUGUCGGUGGUGUCGUGUUUGAAGCCGUUAGUCCAAGUUUAUUCUGUUCCAUAUGGUCAGGAAGUGCUGAGGCAGGCCUACAGACAUGUGAGGGGUCAUCUUUAUUUUCAGAUUGAAAUUGAAACCAAAUGGCUUUUGAAAACGUGCGUCUGCACCACCAGGUUGGUCUACUGUAUCUAAUCCAGUACGACAUGAAGAAGCCAAAACGGGCCGAUCACCCACCGGUGACUCUUCAUGGUUUUAUCAUCUGAAGCUCUACACGUUUGUUGAAACGUAGUUACCAAGCGAUCUGUGAGAAGCAUUUUGUUAGCCAAGGUUAAGUUUUUAAUUUUGGUUUGUCAGACACGCUCUAGACUUCAAAGAGCUGUUUUUAGAAGAUGUAAAUAGCACAUUAGGAUAAGUAGGGUUCCUUUUCUAUCUGCGGUAAUCAGGAUUAAUGAAGAAGCUACUUUUGGUUUUGACUCUACAGAGCGAAUGUCUAACAUCUGUGUCUUAAUACUGUAGAUUGCUCAGUUCAAAUGUAAAUGGUUUAUAAAUAUAUGGCUUAUAUAAUCUGGCUUAUUGUGAUGAAAUAAUGACUGGGAUCCCAUUGAUGCAAGGUGGGAGGAACUUUGGGGCUAUUUAUGAUUUUGUGUACAUGUGGAAAUAUCAAGACUUUUGUGCUGUUUAAUAAAUCCUAAACUCCUAA